UACUUUUGUAGUGUUGCUGACGAGACGUGAUAUCCUUGCUCUGUUCUCAAAACAUUCACAUUUAUGGGAUAAUAUAGCCGAGCACAUUCUUCAUUGACCUCGCCUGCUUUAAAGUGUUUAAAGAGGAGUAAUUCAAGAGAAGCGAGAUUUAACAGCACGAAGUUCUGAUACUUGCACGGUUUUGAACGUGAGCUUGCUUGCUAGCUAGCUAUCUUCAGAUGAUACACAUUAGCUAGCUCGCUGCCACCGAAAAGGGGACAACAAAGUUGACAAUCGAAUACAGAAGUUAGACCAAACAAACAAUACGAACUAGUUUGCAUGCGGCUUGGUUGAUGCUUUGAAAGAAUGGGUUUUAGUCAAACGAAUUACUGUAUCAACCAAGCUCAAUUGAGUUUUUCAUGUGAGCACUGAAUAACCUUGUUUCGGUAUUUUAAUGGGAGGCGGGCUGCGUUGGAGUAGUACAUCUAGUGGGCGACACUUGCGAAGAAGGCGGAGGUGCCGGAGACGUGCUGGGCUUGGAUGGACUCGCUUGCCGGGUACGUAUACAAAGCGGCUGCUGAGGGCCGAGUCCUGACGCUGGCCGCCCUGCUGCUCAACCACUCCGAGGCCGAGACACGAUAUUUACUGAGUUACGUGACUCACCUGGCUGGCCAACGGUCAACUCCUCUCAUCAUUGCAGCUCGAAACGGACACGACAAAGUUGUGAGGCUGCUGCUGGAUCACUACAGGGUGGAUACUGAACAGACUGGCACAGUCAGAUUUGAUGGGUAUGUCAUUGACGGGGCCACCGCGUUGUGGUGUGCGGCUGGCGCAGGACACUUUGAGGUGGUCCGCCAGUUGGUGUGCCACCAGGCUAAUGUCAACCACACCACUGUCACCAACUCCACCCCCCUGAGGGCGGCCUGCUUUGACGGGCGCCUGGACAUUGUGAAAUACCUGGUGGAACACCAGGCCAACAUCAGCAUCGCCAACAAGUACGACAACACCUGCCUGAUGAUCGCCGCCUACAAGGGCCACACAGACGUGGUGGGCUUUCUGCUGGAGCACGGUGCCGACCCCAACGCCAAGGCCCACUGCGGGGCCACCGCCCUGCACUUUGCUGCCGAGGCAGGCCACCUGGACAUCGUGAAGGAGCUGGUGCGCUGCCAGGCAGCCAUGGUGGUGAACGGCCACGGCAUGACGCCGCUCAAAGUGGCGGCGGAGAGCUGCAAGGCGGACGUGGUGGAGCUGCUGCUGUCGCACGCCGAAUGUGACCCGCACAGCCGCAUCGAGGCCCUGGAGCUGCUGGGUGCCUCGUUCGCCAACGACCGGGAGAACUAUGACAUCCUCAAGACCUACCACUACCUCUACCUGGCCAUGCUGGAGCGCCACCGCGAUGUCGGCGCGCUCAUCGCCAAGGAGCUACUGCCGCCCAUCGAGGCCUACGGCGGUAGGGGCGAGUGCCGCACCCCGCAGGAGCUGGAGGCCAUCCGGACGGACCGCAAUGCGCUGCACAUGGAGGGCCUGAUGGUGCGCGAGCGCAUCCUGGGCUCGGACAACAUCGACGUGUCUCACCCCAUCAUCUACCGGGGUGCCGUGUAUGCCGACAACAUGGAGUUCGACCAGUGCAUCAAGCUGUGGCUGCACGCGCUGCUCCUGCGCCAGAAGGGCAACCGCAACACGCAUAAGGACCUGCUGCGCUUCGCCCAAGUCUUCUCCCAGAUGGUGCACCUGAAGGAGCCGGUGGGGGCAGAGCCGGUGAAGCAGGUGCUGCGCUGCAGCGUGCUGGAGAUCCAGAGGAGCAUGGCCAGGGUGGAAGCAGCACCUGAGGCCGAGCUUCACACGGCUAUGGACAACUACGAGUCCAACGUGUUCACCUUCCUCUACCUGGUGUGCAUCAGCACCAAGACAGUGUGCGGCGAGGAGGAGCGCGCCCUUCUCAACAAGCAGAUCUACAACCUGAUCCAGCUGGACCCGCGCUCGCGGGAGGGCUCGUCUCUCCUGCACCUGGCCAUCAGCUCCAGCACCCCAGUGGACGACUUCCACACCAACGACGUGUGCAGCUUCCCCAACGCGCAAGUAACCAAGCUGCUGCUGGACUGCGGCGCGCAGGUGAACGCAGUGGACCACGAGGGCAACAGUCCGCUGCACAUCAUCGUGCAGUACAACCGGCCCAUCAGCGACUUCCUGACGCUGCACGCCAUCAUCAUCAGCCUGGUGGAGGCGGGUGCCCACACUGACAUGACCAACAAGCAAAAGAAGACGCCGCUGGACAAGAGCACCACGGGUGUGUCGGAGAUCCUGCUCAAGACCCAGAUGAAGAUGAGCCUCAAGUGCCUGGCGUCGCGGGCCGUGCGCCAGCACCAAAUCACAUACCGCAACCAGAUCCCUAAGACUCUGGAGGAGUUUGUGGAGUUCCACUGAUCCACCUGGCCAUGGAGACCUUUUAAACAAUUAGAAAACUCUUGUUCUUAUUUUUUUUGUUAUAAUUUUCUAACAAAUCAAAACUGUGCUGGCUGGUGAUGAUGAUGAUUAUGAACAGUUUGACACAUUUAGGUUUUUAAACAAUGAUUCCCUUUUUCUAUUAUAAGUAUGAAUUGCGAGUACCAGCAGCAGCACCCAUACUGAAGUGUGUUACUGUCUGUGGUUGUCAUUCUGACUAGUGGGUGUCACUUGCAGAAUGAGGAAAUUGUCAGCCUGCUUUGUGCUUUCACUUUCCCAGAGUGUUCCAAAGAGAAUACUUGGCACUGCCAAGCAUCCACACAAUGGUGACAACAGCAGGACCAUUUGACAGCUUGUACUGCAUGGAUCCAAUUGUCCCAGCUGGGUUCACAACCAUGAAAAGUAACAUUACACUCAAUUGAUUAUUUUGCCUUAUUAUAUUGCUUGUUGCAGAGAUGUUGUAUGCUAUGUUGCAUUGAUUAUGGAGGGCAGUGGUUUGUUUGUGUGUGUGUUUGAGUGAGCGAAUGCGUGUCAGUCAAUGGCUGGGAGAUGAGACAGUAGUAGUUAAAGUCUUGGCGAUAGAGAAUAAGCAAGAAAAGCACAGCUUUGCAAAACAGCCAGUCAUACUUUUUUUCAGUCACCCAUUGCUCUUUAUAAAUUGGCACGGUUCCACUGAUGUCUAUAUUUUGACAUUGUUUUGCCUUGUGAUUCUCAAGUCUAGUUGGAUCGUCUGCCUAUGUUUGGUUCCAAACUACAACUGGUGAUAGAGUAUUAUUGCAUUAUAAUAACGGAUCGUUUCAGGAUUUCUCUGUAGAAGAACAGUGAGCCAACCCACACGGUAGAGAGAGAACUGCUGGACAGCACUUUAUACUUAUAAUAGGAGUUGUUUCUUUUCAUAACUGAUAUAAAAUAAAGGUUUAUUUAAGAGGG